UUGUGCCUUCAUUUUGAUCCUGUGUUUUCGUGUGGUUUAUAAUUAGUCCCGCCCCUUGACUGCUAAGAGGGAGGCACCUGCAUGUCAUUCAUUGCUAAUUAAUAGUGCUUUUUUUGGGAAGGACACUGCUUGGCUUCACUUCUCUUGUUUUUGGAUUUUCUGUGUUGGACUUUUUGGAUGUGUCUGCCAGCGUACAUAAUCCUCCAGCCAUCACAUCCUCCUCUCCUCCUCCUCCUCUCCUCCUCCCAACCCGAGCAGCUGCGUCUCUCCAGCCUUUCCCUGACGCCGACUCUCCCAUACUGAUGAGCCCGGGGAGCCACGCGCCUCCUCCCGCCUGACGUCGCCUCUCAACCGGCCGCGGUGCCGCCGCUGGUUUGCACGUCUUGCGCAAUAAUUGUGACCGACAGACCCACGCACGGCACAGCACGGCACGUAAAGGAACCGGACUCGAGAAGACGCGUUCCCGGCUUGCUCUCACACCCUCCGAAGAGGAGCAGGUUUCAUCCCCGCCAGGACCGGAGCUUUCCUUAGCGGGGAUACUCGGGUGAUGUGACCGUGUGAGCGCACUCCUUCAUCGGUAUCGAUCGAUCGAGCUGUGAUGGCUGAGCCCGGCAGCGUGGACGUGCGGACUCGUCAUCGUCAUCAUCAUCAUCAUCAUCAUCAUCACCAUCACCACCAGUGAGCGACAUCUGGACCUCCAGGAGCUAUGCCCGACGUGACCAAGCCGUCGUCCGCCUGCAGUCCUCGGCGUAGUCCCUCGGGUUCCCUCGGUACCUGCCUGGAGCUGAUGCAAGCUUGCUUUUUGGUGUAAAAAAAAAAAAAGGCCAGAUACCAGAACCUUCUUGAGCAGCGUUUGGACAGCGGAAUUCGACCCACCCCCUUCCCAAUCGACGGCAGAUUGAUUUCUGCUGGAUCAUGCAGAGAUUAUUAUUACGGUGAAUCAUAAGGAUGGAUCCGGUUAUGUGCGUUCUGGGGCUGCUGGCGCUGGUCGUGGAGGGCAUCCGUUGCCAAGGAGUGUACGCGCCCCCUACCGUCCGCAUCAUCCACUCGGGGCACGCCUGCAACGUGGAGGAGGAGCGGCACACGGAGCGAGUCUACACCAUCCGAGAGGGCGAGACCCUGGAGCUCACCUGCCUGGUGACCGGACAUCCUCGGCCGCAGAUCCGAUGGACCAAGACAGCCGGAAGCGUGUCGGACCGCUUCCAGGACUCCAGCGUCUUCAACGAGACGUUGCACAUCGCCAAAAUCCUGAGAACCCAAGGGGGGCGCUACUACUGCAAAGCCGAGAACGGCCUGGGCUCCCCCGCCAUCAAGUCCAUCCGUGUGGACGUCUACUACCUGGACGACCCGGUGGUGACGGUGCACCAGAGUAUCGGGGAGGCCAAAGAACAGUUCUACUACGAGAGAACGGUGUUCCUGCGCUGCGUGGCCAACUCCAACCCGCCCGUGCGCUACAGCUGGCACCGCGGCCGUGAGGUCCUGACGCAGGGCUCCGACAAGGGCGUGGAGAUCUACGAGCCCUUUUUCACACAGCAGGGGGAAACGAAGAUCCUGAAGCUGAAGAACCUGCGGCCCCAGGACUACGCCAACUACAGCUGCAUCGCCUCCGUCAGGAACGUGUGCGGCAUCCCCGACCGCAGCGUCAUCUUCAGGCUCACCAACAAGACAGCGUCCCCGUCCAUCAAGCUGCUGGUGGAGGACCCCAUCGUGGUCAACCCGGGCCAGACGGUGUCGCUGGUGUGCAUCACCACCGGCGGCGAGCCUUCCCCGCUCCUCACGUGGGUCAGCGCCAACGACAGUCUGCCGCAGAGGAGCAUGGUGAAGGGGGGCACGCUCACGCUGCCCGCUAUCGGCUCCGACGAGGCGGGCGUCUACAGCUGCGUGGCCAGCAACAACGUGGGCAACCCAGCCAAGAAGUCCACCACCAUCGUGGUGCGAGCAUUGAAAAAGGGUCGCUUCUGGAUCACUCCCGACCCCUACCACAACGACGACAACAUCCAGAUCGGCCGUGAAGUGAAGAUAUCCUGCCAGGUGGAGGCCACGCCCCCCGAGGAGCUCACCUUCAGCUGGUUGAAGAACGGCCGCGCCCUGCGUAGCUCGGAGCGCAUGGUCAUCACGCAGACAGACACGGACAUCUCGCCCGGAACCACCAACCUGGACAUCAUCGACCUCAAGUUCACCGACUUCGGUACUUACACCUGCGUGGCGGCGUUGAAGGGCGGAGGCAUCCCGGAGAUCAGCAUCGACGUCAACAUCUCCUCCACUACUGUCCCUCCUUUGUUUUUCUCUUUCUUAGUUCCCCCCAACCUGACAGUCCCCCGGGGCAAGUCCCCGCUGGUAGCCCGCGAGGGCGACACCGUGGAGCUGGAGUGCCUUGUUUCAGGGAAGCCCAAGCCCAUCAUCUUGUGGUCGCGGGCCGACAAGGAGGCGCCCAUGCCGGACGGCAGCGUGCAGACGGAGACGUACGACGGCGUGCUGCGGAUCGUUAAUGUGUCGCGGGAGAUGACCGGUUCGUACCGCUGCCAGACCAGCCAGUACAACGGCUUCAACGUCAAGCCCCGGGAGGCGGUGGUGGAGCUCAUCGUGCAAUACCCCCCCACGGUGGAACCGGUGCACACAGAGAUGCGUCAGGGCCUGGGUCGGCCCGUGGUCAUGACCUGUCGGGUUCUGCGAGCGCACCCGUCCCGCGUGCUGCGUUUCGAGUGGCUGCUCUCCAACCGGCUGCUUCAUGCCGGCGCCUUCGACGCCCAGCGGGACGAGACCGAGUACACCAUCCGCAGCCUCAACCGCGACGGCUGGGGCGAGUACACCUGCAACGUCAUCAACGAGGCCGGAGCGGGGAAGUGCACCUUUCACGUCACAGGUAAGGCCUACGCUCCCGAGUUCUACUACGACACCUACAGCCCCGUUUGGCAGAACCGACCCAGAGUCUACGACUUCAAGCUACAGUGGACCCAGAUGAACCCCAGCGCCGUGGACCGCAUCGUGGCCUACAGGCUGGGCAUCAGACAGAUGGGACAGCAGCGUUGGUGGGAGCAGGAGAUCCCCGUGGACGGAAGCAUCAACAAAGGCCAACUCAUGACUCACAACCUGACCGAGCUCAUCAAGCCCGAGUCUUACGAGGUGCGCCUGACGCCCAUCACGCGCUUCGGCGAGGGCGACUCCACGGUGCGGAUCAUCACGUACAGCGCUCCCAUCAACCCUCAUCUACGAGAGUUCCACUGCAGCUUCGAGGAGGAGCCCAUCUGCAUGUUCACGCAGGACAAGAACGACGACUUUGAUUGGACGAGGCACAGCGCCGCCACCCGCGACACAAAGUACACGCCCAACACGGGGCCCAGUGGCGACCGUAGCGGCUCCAAGCAAGGGUUCUACAUGUACAUCGAGACGUCCAGGCCCCGCAAGGAAGGGGAUCAGGCUCGGCUGGUCAGCCCGUUCUUCAACAUCGCACCCAAAAACCCUUACAGCAUCACCAACCCGCCUGCCUACUGCUUCGGCUUCUUCUACCACAUGUACGGGAAACACAUAGGGACGCUAAACGCCUUCCUGAAGCAAAAGGGCCAGAUGAACUCGAAUGGCCCCGUGUGGUCGCUUAGCGGCAACCAAGGGGAGCGAUGGAAGCAGGCCAAGGUCAGCGUCCAUCCCACGGCGUCCUUCCAGGUGGUACUCGAGGGAGUCCGAGGACCAGGCAUCGAGGGAGACAUCGCCAUAGACGAUGUCACGUUGGAGGAAGGGGAGUGUCGCGGCCCGCUGCCCGACCGGAACUCCAUGGCCCCCAGCCCCUGUGUGCAUAUAUGGCUGCUGUGCGUCACCUUGGUGACGACCCUCCUGGAGGGUCAGAGGUGACCCCCCUGGCCGUCAUCUCGAGAGGCAAACAUUCAGACCCGCCGUCUGUGAGCUGUAAUCUCGGCAUCCCCGUCACCAAAGAUUCAUGCAUCCCGAAAAAGCAGCAACGUCGCCGCCACCGCCGCCGCCGCCCCCCGUGGCGGAUCUCUGUUGGGACAAAAUGACAACAAACUGUGAUUUAAAAAAAAAAAAAGAAACUACACACUACAAAAAACAGAAAAAUAAAUGAAGAUGUGCUACUUUUUUAGUGGGGGGGAAAAGAGACUUCUACAGAACAACUGUCAUCUGUGCGGGACUCUUGAUGAGUACAAAAGGUUAAUUUCAUCGAGGGAGGGGCCAGUUUGUAAAGCACAAGAACAAUUUUAUGGAAAAGAAAUCUAUAAAUAUAUAUAUCUUUGCAAGGCGGCUGAAUAUAGAUGCUGCUGACAUUUGGAGGAAGAAAUGGAAUCAGACCUUUCUCUGUGUAUCUUUAUCUUCAUUUUGCUUGUUUUUCCCUGGAGCCCCCCCCCAGACUCCCCCUCAACCCGACCCCGCGUCAAGUCUUUAUCUGCUUGGUGCUCUACUGAAGAAAUUCAAGGCCUCUGGCAACAUUUUCCUUCUGUCUGCUUGAAAGACCACGCCCCCCCCAACCCCACCCCCCAUGGCUGCUUGCGUAUCUUCUUACACUGUGCUCACCAGUCCAAGUGGCCAAGUGAUGGUAUGAUGGCAGAAGGAACGACGCGGAGUACGCGGCGCCACGCUUCCCAGGAGUGGUGGUGUGGGGAUUGGGGGGGGGUGGGUGUCCAGCGAGUGAGGCCUAACAUCAAGUCGUGUCGGUCCGUCGGAAACAAAAAGAAGCCACUUUUCUUUCUGCCAUGAAAACAAAGUGCCUUCCAGAUUACAACGCCGAAAUGGUGAGCCUGGCCGUGGCGCAGCAUGGAACCAACAUGCUUCGUCCGACGGGCUAUUUUCUACACGCGUGUCUCUUUCGCCCCACAAGUGCUGAUGGGAUGGCUCAUGCCGAGGAUCGGGUCUUCUGGUUCUGAGGGCUGUUUGGGUUUUCCUUUUGAAUCCCAGUCGAGGACGUGUUGGAAUGACUUCUUCUCUUUUUUUGAAUUCAAACAUUGUCGCACAGGGACGAGAGUGACUGCGACUGCGCCUCGCUCGUCUCCGCCACCGUUUCUACGACAACAGGGCAAAAGAUGAUGAUGAUGAUGAUGAUAAUAAUAAUAAUGUUGAUAAUAGUCAUGCUAUUUUAUUACUCCAGCGAGAAUGUUUCUCUGCUUUUACACAAACUGUGAAGAUUUGACUGUCUGGACGAUCUACCUGAGACCAUAACCUUAAACACUGGGGGUUUUUAAGAAAUGUAUUGUAAAGAAAAAAAUGAAAGAAAACAAGAAAUAUUCUGUUCAUCGUUGCUUAUGACAAAACGCUUUGAGGACUUGUGUCUUGUUUUUUUUUAUUUGAUUUCCCUUUUUUUUUCCUUCUCCUUCUCGUCUCCCUUUGCUAAAGCAUCCCAGCCGAUGGAAGCGUGAAGAAGUCCAGCAAUUUGUAUACCUUGUAAAUGUGAAAGAAGCUCUAUUGCAGAGGUUUAUGAUCAAUGUUUCAUGUUGGCAUUCUGGAAGCACAACAGUUCGAGUUCAACGUCGCAUUUCUCUGCACAUGCGUGGUCGCUCGACUCUCCGGGGAAUUUAGUAGGAUUUCUUAAGAAAAGCUCUGACUACUCACAGGAUCUAAACUCAUGAUGUACGGCGUACAUCGUGGCGUUACAGGUGGUCCUCGGGUUACCAGUGAGUUAUCUUCUGAGAUUUUGAUGUAAGUUGGGACUUACAGAACACAUAAAGUAGUCCCUCGUUUAUUGCAGUCAAUUGGUUCCAGACCCUCCACUCAGUGGAUUUAGUGGUUAACAUGUUGGCCGCACCGUCAGGAGAUCUGGAAGAUCUGUACCAUACGAUUGGCUGGCGACCUGUCCAGGGUGUUCCCUGAAUCUGGACAAAAGUCAGCUGGGAUAGGCUCCAGCAUACACCUGUGACCCCAGUGAGGAUAGAAAAUUAAUUCAUUUUCUGCCGCUUAUCCUCACGAGGGUCGGGGGUGCUGGAGCCUAUCCCAGCUGUCUUCAGGCGAGAGGCGGGGUACACCCUGAACUGGUGGCCAGCCAAUCACAGGGCACAUAUAGACAAACAACCAUUCACACUCACAUUCAUACCUAUGGACAAUUUGGAGUGGCCAAAUUGGAAUGUUUUGGAAUGUGUGAGGAAGCCAGAGUCCCCGGACAAAACCCACGAUACACGGGGAGAACAUGCAAACUCCACACAGAGAUGCCCAAUUGUGGAAUCGAACUCCGGUCUCCUAGCUGUGUGGCCUGUGCGCUCACCACUCCCAAAGUAGGAUUCCUUGGGAAAUAGAACACCUCAUGCUGUAACCACUUCUACAACAAGUGUCCUGUUUAGAACUAAAAUGAAGUUAUUCAUCUAUUUAUGGGAAGCCAUAAACCGAGGACCACCUGUUCUGUUAAAAACAAUAAUUGGGCCCACAAGUUGGAAAUUACAGGCUCAAGAAUAUGCACACAGUCUGAAAUACAAUGUUCCGGAAUGUCUUUUAACCUGAGAUGUCGUUCAUGGUCAUUCCUGACUGGUCGUGUCUCUCAGGCAGCAGAGUAUGACUUUUUUGGGUGGACACGAUGUAGGCUCAUGGUAGAGUCCAAAAAGACAAGUUCAAAGGAAAAGCAGCAUUUUGCUGCAAGAAGGAUCACAAUACAUCAUUCCAGUCAAGUCGGUGCUUUUCCUAAAGGUCUCCUACUGAAUUCUUGUAGCGCUACGAGAGAAUGGCCGAUGACACAUGUUGAGCAAAUGCGACCCGGUGGACACGGGAGCAUCAGACUGUGUACUAUUUAAGGGUCUAUCAGUGUGACAAGAACCUGAUAAAUAUGCCGGGCAAAACAGAGCAGAAUGAUGGGCAAUACGACAGUCGUUUCUUUUUUCCCCAGAAGCUCAUAACGAAUGUAUGCAUUUCGAGUCAUUCUAGUGUCGUAGUCGUCGAUGGCUAUCCUUCGUAGCUCGCGAUAAGUGCCAAAGUGCCCCUUGAACUGUUUUUCCUUUGGAGACAACUGUUCCUUUUACAGCUUCACUUCAUAGCAAACAACAUUACAUUUCCAUUUGGUGUCACUGUUUGGUUACCUUUCAAUCAGGCAAUGAACGGGACUUUAUGGUAGCUAUGGAAACUAUGACUAGCUAGCUACUAGCCUGGGAACUUGCAUCUACUGCUGCAUUCAAGGCACCUGGAGUAGUAGGAAAUAACACCUCGAACUUGGAGUCAAAACAAACAACUUCCAGAAGUGUAUAGUUUAGUUAGCAUAAGAUGCUAGCGUAGCGCUAGGCCCAAUCACAACUCAGGAUGUGCUUCGGUUUUAAGCUCACAGUUGAGUUCUGUUUCAGUAGAACAAGAGCAUAAAAAACAAUAUGUGCAACCUCAGUUAGCGUACAUUCAAGUUUAAAUUGUCACUAAAGUAUUGCCUCGGUUUGCAUCCAUUUUCUGGCUAGCGUACAAUCCGGCACGUGCCUUGUGGUGUUAUUAAUAUACUGUGUGAGUCAAGCGGUCAAUCCGUAAGUCAACUCUGUGGGCCGUCUAUGAUGCCAUCAGUGGUUGGCUCUGUAGUUCUUUGUUAGCUAACACAGUUACGCCCUAAAUCUCAAUACAGUAGUCCCUUGUUUAUCCAGUCAAUGGGUUCCAGACCACACAGAGAUAAGCAAAUUUCUUGCAAUGUAGGACUAAAAAAAGGAGUAUAUUUAUAAUUAGAGGUUCAAAAAAUGUUUAUUUAAAAACAGUUUUUACCAUUAUUACAUCCCUGUAUACAUGAAAUAACACCCCCAGGUCACCUUUACACUCCUAUUGCCAUAUAAUAGACAUAAUAAGACUCACACGUUAGCCUUGACAGCGUACUUGCAGUGGCUAUUGUCUCAUUAACGUAACGUUAGUGACACCUACAGACCAGUGUUACUGUUUGUGGACUGUCUGUGCACUUUCAUGGCUUUUUUAACAAGCAGAGAACGCAUGCAGUCAACAUUCACCCAGGAGCUGCUGUCGGCCACUCUCUACACUGCUCAGCUGCUGCUAGCACUCAGCUAACAGUUGACUCGAGCUAGCUGACACAACAUGUCCCAUAACGUCUUCUGUUUCGUUUUAUUUAGCCAUUUGUACAACCUGUUUAAAUAUGCAUAUUUUUUUUACUAAUAAAGGGGAAAAUCGAUUUUGUUUGUAGUACGUUUGGGUGGAAGACCCUUCUGGAUGCUAACCAAGGUUCAACUGGGUGUUCCCAGACAGGGACUUCAAGUCUCUGUCUACAAGUUAAAUGUUUACAAGGCACAGAAGAGAGAAAGACGUGUUCGUGUCUCACAUAGGGAUUGUGAAGUGUACUUAUCCUUGAAGGUUUUUUGCUGUUGGUAAAGGUAGAAGAUUGCUGCGCGUUGGCUUGUACAGGCAGUGUUUGCACCGCCGGUGCUUAAAGCUCUUAAUGUAGCUCUAAAUUGCUGUACUUUGCGAAGAUAUAAUGUGUGGAUUAUAGCCUGAGCUAUAAAAGAUUACCAGGUUUGGAAUGCAUAAGACACUCUUAUUGACUAUACUGUGGUUGAUGAGAGGCUUCUCUGCGUGUGCAUCCUGUGAAGGCUUUGGAAGCUAACGAGGACAAAGUUGAAGCUUUUGACAUCUAUUUGGUUUCGCAGCUCGCAGUUUGUGUGUUGGAAUGCUCCGUUGUGUUUUCAUCCGUCAUAUUGUACCCAAGCCCGAGGCGUUUCAUAUGCGGUGUUGUUUCCAAAACAACACUAAGGGCAGCAACAAAAGCAACAAGGCAGGUGUUAAUGCCUCUUUCGGAUCCGCCGAGCAAUCCUGAUAAGCUGCCGGGGUCAGCCGUGUACCAGUCACAAUGUAAAAGGUGGAAAUUGCUUUCGUUUUUUGUGUUGUUGUAACCCUGCAGAGACUGCAUGACACUAAUUGAUUUUGUGUUGCGUGAAGAAGAAGGAGGAGGAGGCAGCAGUCAUCUGGUAGGUGGGUGGAGGGACGCGCUCUGCAGACAGGAAUAGCAUUUCUUUAUGAAGGUGCUUAAUUUGGUGCAUGCUUCAUUCGCUGGCUUUGUCAAAGAUAAAUUGGACAAGUUAAUUAAAUAUUAGCGUUAUGGACGAUGAAGGAAAUAUAUAUCUAUAUUUGUCUUAUAAUGCAUCUAACAUUCUCUUAGAGGGUUCCAGCUUUGAUGAAUUAAUGACUAAGUAGUUGCUGAGGGAUCUCUGCAGUGUUUUUCAUAACAGCACCAUGAGUGAAGGUAACGUUGCACUGAAGGCUUUUGGAUGCAAACUAAACCUAGAAGUAUGUCAGCUGCCAAAUGAGCAUCAUUCAGGGGACAUUGAGAUAUAUAAUCAGGAGUGUGUGUGGGGGGGGGGGGCACUAGGCCACAAUGACAACUCCGUACCCACUUUGGUUUGCAGGCCACAAUUCGGUUUGUUUUGCGUCGAGUAAGGGAAUAAAAUGGAAAACGUGAAACAUUUAGCGGUUAGUGUGUCCUAGCAGGUCAAUAAACUAAGAUAAAAAUAAUUUGUUAAAAAUAGAGUAAGACAUAAUAUACGUCAUUUUCAGGGUUUUAUAUAUAUGUAUAUAUAUAUAUAUAUGUGUUAAAAAAACAUUCAUGAAUAAAUCAUGCUGUUUGGUUGAAUGUGGUCUAUUGUCAAGCAUAAAAAUUCAACCAUGUUGCCAUGAUAUGUAGUACUCCACACUGGACACUAGGUGUCAGUAAUGUUACUCUAAUGUUGGGUGAGACACACAAGCACCAGACUUGAUUGCUGGCACAACAUGAUUGCUAGCAAUCUCCAAUAAUCCCGGACACAGGCUACUGCGGCAACCGUGACCCACGCCAAGCUAAGACUCAAUUGUGAAACCCUGACAUCACUUCCUACCCCCCCAGCACCCCUGGCACCAGUACACAUUUACAGCAACACACACAAGCACAGGUUUUAUUUAUGUCUUAAAAGUCUUAUUUUAUGUUAUUAUGUCUACUGUAUUGGGUAGUAUGAGUGACUAUAGGGGUGUUAAUUUAUGUUUAGAGGGCUCUAAUAAUAUUUAGAAUGUCCUAUAAUAUAACGUUAUGAAUAAGAAAUCCUACUUUGUGGGAAUUCACUUAUUGCCAGAACCGAUUAAACGUGAUAAACGAGGGAUCACAGUAUAUGUAAUAAUAUAUACUGUAGGUAUUAUAUAUAGUAAUUAAUAUGUAUUUGACUGGGGAGUCUCAUAAACAGGAGAGUUGAAUGACAAAAGAUGGUUUCCAAGCUCUGGCCUCUCCUUGACACUAUCGCUAGGCAUGACUCCACUUCUUUAGCGGGCAGAUGCGUGACUAUAUCUCCAUACAGUUACUUCCUGUCUGUCACUCGCCACGCCUGUGUACCGUACUGUACCAUUAUUUACAUGUCAUAACUCCAAGGAAGAUGUGAGACGUUGACAAGGUGGUCAUAUGGUAUCUUUGCAUUGAACAGCCUAAGCCCAUUUUGUCCUAAUGCUAACCAUCCCGUGCUUUGAGGCUCUGUAAAAGGAGGAGUGCCAACCUUCCCCUUGUUUGCUUAUCAACCUAGAAAGGGCUGUGCCACGCUGUGCCAUUCUACCGUUUUUAGCCCCUCUGCGUAAGCAUCCACUCAUGCGGCAUAAUUGCAUCUGGUACCCCUCAUUAUCACCACACACGCCUCUGCGAGCUCCAUAUCGGCGCCAAGAGGGCGACGAGUGUUUCAUUCGGGCACGACCAGCCUCGACGCCACUGCCAGUCGCCACUAUUGUGAGCAGAAAAAGUGCUCGAGAGGAGGAUUCCAACACCUCUCCUGCCCGGAAUAUCAACUAAAUUGAUGUUUUGUGGCAUCAGAGUUGUGCGUCCAUGACGCUAUUGCUCUUGUUCCAGGCCGACAACCGCGUAAUAACAACCUGUCACUCUUCUCUGUUUUGUGCUCUAUAUUUAUUCAACAUCAGGCUUCUUUUUCACUGUAUUUCUUUGCUUUUUGUCACAUCAUUGUAGUGCCAUACUUGCAACUAAUGAGAAAAUAAAGAAAACAACAAUUUGAUACGUUACCUUCGAGAAGUU